UUGGCGGAGGUUGGGGGAGAUAUUUGCAUCUAAAGCCAGAGAAAUGCACUGCAAAUUUAGAAAGUGUAAAAGUUGUCAACCCUUUCUCCUCUUUUAAUGGAAAUACCUGCCUCUGACAAGCUUAACCAUUGUGUAAUCGUGUCGUAUGCAAAUUUCAGAUUAAUUAAUUUUGUGAUCGACCGACGUUAGUUUGGUCUAAACCCGUGAGCAUACUUUGGGAUACCUCCACUGUGAUUAUAUGUUUAAAGUAAUUCAGUAAUCAGUGAUAUGCCGGCUUCUGGCAAGCUACUAAUUCACAAGAUAUGGUAAUCUUAUCAUGCAUACAUAGAUAUCACAAUGCUAAAAAAUAUAUAUGCAUAAGCAUUUAUACUUCAAAUACAUGAAAUGUGUGGUGACUACGGAAUGCGUUGGCAUUGAGGUAGUUACAAUCAAAAGAGUGGAGAGUAAUAAAAAUGGCUUCAAACAUAUUCCUUGAAGAUACUUGUCAAGUAAGAUAUUAUGGGGUAUCAGGAGACAAAAAAACCAGUCUCGACCAGCUUUUUUCUCACGCUAACCCAGAAAAGGAUACUGUCAUCGUUCUGGUGGAUCCACACAUUUGGAACCUUAUGCAGAUGCACACCCUGGCAAAAUUAUUUGAGUGGAUGUUUGAUAACUCAUAUAAAAGUUUGAAGUAUAUUUAUCUGAUUACGAAGGAUCCAGUUCCUCCGAGGGAGUUUGAGUUCAGCAAAACUUAUAAUCCCGUUCGUCCAACACCGAAUCUUCCAAUAAUUGCGUCCGACGUUUGCACUAAUAUAUACAAGAUUGCAUGGCAGAGGUUCCUGGAUAAGAACAACGAAGAUUUUCGCAAAUCCGCGACACCAAUAUCUUUUUCUGUGAAAGCAUUCAACAGAGCGCAUGAUCGCUCAAUGACAAUUCUGAAUACCAAUGGCGUGUACCGUUUCGAUUUGGGACGUGGGAUUGGCAUAUUUCAAGCACCGUGCACAAUAUCAGAAGCUCAGCUUAUACAGACACCAUUGCAUGAUUUGAAAUGUUUCAAGUUUAUGGCGGUUAUGACCUUCAUUAAACCAAAAUCGAGUCUUACGGAUAAACAAAAACACGCCAAAAAAAGGGAUAUUUUUGUUAAGUUUUUUAAACAUGAACAUGUAGAAGCAGCAAGUGAAUUCUUCGAAGAGACUAGAGAGCGGAAAACUAAACAGCUCGCACCCGUUAAUCCAUCUAAAUGAUUCAUCCAUCAGAUAAUAAGAAAUUUGUAAAUAUAACCUACGGAUAGACAAAAUGUAACGUUGAUAAAAUGAAUAUAAACUUUUCUGGGUGUGUAUAACCGAAUUUGAGGACUUUGAGUUCACAGUUAGAACUUUUUUUCUGCUCAUGAGAAACUAGAGAUUCCUGAUUUUGUGUAAAUUUAAAUGAUGGUGGUGGAGUUUUGUCAAAUAUUCCAGUGGGGACAAAGAGGUUAAUAUUUAUAACAACACAUUUGUGUAUAGAGAUGAAAUUUAUUUCCUGAUGAAUUUACACAAACUUUCAACCACUAAAUCUUGUAAAAAUUUCCCAUCUUCUUGUAAACGUCUUGAUAAUGAAUGGCAGAUAGCAUUCGAAAUAUUGACAAAAUAAAACAAAACUUUUUCUUCGACUUUUCCACUAAA